GGUGAGACGGUACAAAGGGCAAGCUAGAAACAUCAGCUGACCUAGUUAUUCAGUAGCUGAUCGUUGUGUAACCUGCCUCUUUCAAUUGCAUUUUAUCUCAGAUAAAAAUCACAUUGCAAAUCUUCAGUUCGAGCUGCAGAUGAGACUUCCUCAUCGCUCCUUUUGCAUCUUCAGGAGUUUAUUCUCUCAGAGACAACAACCAAACCCACCGAGGCGAGGCUUGAGUGGUGCAGCGAUGCGUCUGGUGCAGUUUCAUCGGCAUGGUGACGGAGGACGCAUCAGAGUGGGAGUGGAGCAGGUUGACGGAGGGCUCGGCGUGGUGGAUUUGAAGGAGUUUGACCCCUCCAUGCCCUCGACGAUGAGAGAGCUGCUGGAGCUGGGAGAUAAAGGUCUGGAGUGUGCACAGAGAGCGCUGUCGUCCGGUCGGUGUGUGGUGGAGCGAUCAGACCUCCAGCUGCUGUCUCCCGUGUUGGCCCCAGAGAAGGUAGUGUGUGUGGGCAUGAACUACCGGGACCACUGCCUGGAGCAGAACGCCCCGAUCCCCAAAGAACCGAUCAUCUUCAGCAAAUUCCCCAGCGCCAUCACCGGGCCGUACGACGACAUCAUCCUCCCCUCAGAGAGCGAGGAGGUGGACUGGGAGGUGGAGCUGGCCUUUGUGAUUGGACGAAGAGGAAAACACAUCAAGGAGGAAGACGCUCUCUCCUACGUGGCCGGGUUCACUGUGGCCAAUGAUGUUAGCGCGCGUGACUGGCAGAUGAAACGCAACGGGAAGCAGUGGCUGCUGGGAAAAACGUUCGACAGCUUUUGUCCUCUCGGCCCCGCCUUAGUGACCACCGACGCUGUGAAAGAUCCUCACAACCUGGGAGUCUCCUGCCUGGUUAAUGGAGACACAGUGCAGAGCAGCAACACUGAUCAGAUGAUCUUCAAGACUGAGGCGCUGGUCGCCUGGGUCUCAAAAUUUGUAACAUUGACUCCAGGAGAUGUUUUCCUGACAGGCACUCCUCCAGGCGUGGGUGUGUUCAGAAAGCCACCCGUCUUUCUCAAGAAAGGAGACGUGGUGGAGUGCCAGAUUGACCAAUUAGGCUCUAUUAUCAACAAGGUCGUCUAAACCAGGAGACAAACGGCUGAAAACACCAAGAAUCUGCAGUUCAAUUAACUUUGUACUUUUGAUGGGCUGCUUUACACAAUGAAUUACUAUUUCCAUUUGAUGUGUAAAUCAGCUGGAAAUGUUUGCCGAUGAAUACGUAUGGCACUACAGUUAUUGUGAGGAAGGAAAACAUGGUAUAGUUACACCAUGAAACAGUGUAAUUACAUGAUGUGCUGUUUGCAGCUUGACCUCAGUUGAGUCAUCACCAUCUGUAAAAAUACCCCUCGAUCAGCAGCCACCCACUCAGAAACUGAAUGACUUUCAAUAAGUCGUUUUAAUAUUCAUGGUGAAUUGUAUAUAACACUUUUUGACUCAUUUAGAGGAUUCAAGCAGACACCUAAUUAAUUUAAUCAAAUAAAGAAAUGAGCGGUCUUCAAAAUGUGUCCCUUGCUUUGCCUG